AUUCAGACCCAGCUCUCCGACAGCACCAUGAAGUCAGUGGGCGUCCUCCUCCUCCUCGUGGGGCUCCUCACCCUCUGGACGGAGCUGCCGGCUGCCACUGAGCAGAAGCGAGUGAAACCUGGGACCUGCCCAGCAGAUAACAUAAGGUGUAUUCGGGCAGAACCUGACGAAUGUGCCAGGGAUGCUGACUGCAAAGGAAAAAAGAAAUGCUGUCAUUUCUUUUGUGCCAUGCGCUGCGUGGACCCAGAAAAAGUGAAACAUGGGAUCUGCCCACCAGAUUCCACAAGGUGUACUCAGCCAAAACCUGACAAAUGUGCCAGGGAUGCUGACUGCAAAGGAAAAAAUAAAUGCUGUUAUUCCCGUUGUGCCAUGCGCUGUGUGUACCCAGCACAAGCAUAACUCCCUGCUUCAUGGAUAGGCCAAGGGCAUCCCAAGGACAGUGCUGACCCAGAUCCCUGUGUCCUGGACUCUCCAGAUCCCUGCAGGCUGUAUACUGGGGCUCAAAUGGAGCCUCUGGCACAAUUACAAAUAAACUUGUUUAUGCCUCA